AUGAAAGAUCUUGAGAAAAAUUCGUCAAGGUACAUUGGGAAUGCUAUUAAACGGGCUUGGAUUUUCUCUUCAGACGCAACCUUUCACUACUCUAUGAGAGUAAUUGCCAAAGGCAUCCAAAUGAAUUACUUAAAGAUCCAAGGGUACCUCGCAUUGAUUGAUCUCUCGAGCAACAACUUCAGCGGAGCAAUCCCUGAGGCCAUCGGAAGCCUAAAGCAAAUAGUAUUGCUCAACCUUUCCAACAACAUUCUCUCGGGUCCUCUGCCUCCAUUCUUGGCAAAGCUAACCAAUUUGGAGGCGUUGGACCUAUCUCAAAACCAGCUCUCAGGAGAGAUCCCUCAGGAGUUGACGCAACUCAAUUCGCUUUCGGUCUUCAACAUAUCUUAUAACAGUCUAACUGGGCCAAUACCACAGUCACAACAGUUUGCUACAUCCGAAAACAAUUCCUACAAGGGAAAUCUGGGGCUAUGUGGCACUCCUCUGUCUAGAAAAUGCAGAGAUACCAAAGCGCCAUCAUCUCCUACUUCCAAAGAAGAUCAAGAUUCGGGGACUGCAAUGGAAUUAGAAUGGAAGAUCGUGUGCAUGGGGUAUGCAAGUGGGUUAGUGAUUGGAGUAGUCCUCGGGAACUGCUUGAUCACAAGAAGAAGGGUUCAGCGUCUUGCGAAGAACUUUGGCAGAAGAAAACAAAGGCGAAGAAGGUAG